AUUCGACAUGGCAGAACCUUUGUCACUUGCUUCUAGUCUACUUGCCCUAGCUGGGUUUGCGUUUCAGACGACCAAGUCCCUCUACCAAGUGAUUGAAAGUUUCAGGUCUUCGAAGAGAGCGAUCCGCGAACUCCGCUUUGAAGUUGAGUCUCUAACCCAAGCCCUCGCAAGCCUCGAAAAGGCGUCCGCCGAAAAUGAGGCUGAGCUCAGGGCGCUGAAGCUGCCUUUACUACGUUGCGGGAAAACCUGCAAGGAAUUCGAAGAGGUUAUCAUUAAAUGCACGAGUCAUUCACGCGAGCAGAGGACGAGCUUCCGUGACUGGGCAAAGUUGCAGUAUAUGGGGGGUGAUAUCGCGGAUCUUCGGACCACUCUGGCCGGUUACAAGGCGACCAUUAAUAUUGCUUUAGGAGGUGCGACCUUUCGCCAAGCUACUGUCACAGUGAAUGUCCUGGAGGAAUAUAAGGAGAUGAUUGCAGAGGCAACGUCCGAUCUCCAGGAUCACUUACAAGGGAUCAAUGAUCGAGUGAAGUCGAUUGAAGAAACAGGUCACGUUCAGCAUUUGGAUGUCGACCUGAGUGUAGUGAGAGAGGAAAAAGAGAGUACAGAGCAAUGCCUCCUGAUUUGCACCCAAGUCUCCAACUAUAUCGAAGGGAUGCAAGCGCGCCUACCCCGGGACUCUCAGAAUGUUCCUAUGCUAACAGUCAAGCCUGCAUCCCUUAGCGGCUUUGAUUCUACCAAGGCGUAUAUAGCGACCGAUGACAUGCUGAACGACUUCAGACAUAAGCUUUCCUUGAAUGCUCGGAAUCUUGAAGCCCGGCUAAAUACCCUAGACCACCAGCUGCAGGACUUUAUCGAGGUUGGGACCUUACAGUCACGGGAAGGAAGAGCCAGACUUGAACUCAUUCGAGAGGAAAGGGACAGUAUUGCACAAUGCCUGAGGAUAUGUGCGGACGCAUCCGACAUUGCAGGAAAGGCUCGGACCAAUUCAUUCGAAGAUGUGACUUCAGCUGAUGAGUCCCACCAAUUGGUCGUGUCGACUAUUGGGGAUUUAAUAUCAGCGAAACACAUCACUACAGGAGCUAGGUCUGUUCAGUGGCUCGGACAGAUGUCCGACGAUUCAUUACAGCAACUCUCUCGCGAUCAGAGAAUGCGCCACGGAGAACCGGAUGACACGGCUAUGCAGACAGGACGUGAUAGUUUCAACGGGCGGUAUGGUGCUGGGUACCAACUGCGCCACGAACAGAUAGAGAUGGGGCGUCCUUAUAACAACAGCCGCUAG